AGGGUAUUAAAAGUUUGGUAGGAAGGAAGAGACAUGGUGAGAGAGAGAGAGAGAGUAGUUAUAAAUAGUGAAAAUAUAAAGAUGAAAAUCAAUGGAGGAGAAGGGGGAAAGGGCUCGAAUUUUACUGGGAUUGUCUCCCAAUUGUGAACCCAAUCAUUCUCAGCUCAAAGCAGCUUACAGAAGAAAGGUCUGGGAGUCUCAUCCUGACCUUUUCCCACCUCAUCUCAAGCCUCUUGCUGAGUCUAACUUCAAAUCGAUUUCAGAGGCUUACUCUUUCUUGCUCUCACCCUCACCAGAGUUUGUAGGUAAAAGGGGAAGAAGAAGAUAUGAUAGGGGGGUUCCAAUUCCAAGGGGGACACAAGGGAGACAUCAUGCUUUAUUAGUUCAAUUCCCAUUCCUAUUUCUUGUACUGGGAACACUUGCACUAGGAGGCUUCAUUGGCAGCAGGUCAUCGUCUGGAAGAUUUCAUCUCUGAUUCCUUACAAUUACCACGAAAGAAAUCUCACUAAAGAAGAUUAAGUACGGUGUCGAGUCAAUCCUCGCUUCACUGACUGGGAGGUCCAGGACUAGCUCCUUUAUUCAUAGCUACUUUCAUCUAUGUCAGAUGUUACUCUCACUCGAAUGUUGGAGCUGAAACCUCUGCUCAAGUAUGGAAGAUGUUGGAGGUAUAUUUUGUAACUCAAACUUCUGCAAAAAUUGAUUUCUAUACUACUCAGUUGCAAAAUUAUAAGAAAGGUCAUUUAUCAGUUAAUGAAUAUCUUCUUCAAAUUAAAACUCUUGUUGACAAACUUGGGUCUUUUGGUCAUAGAGUUUCUAUCAAAGAACAUGUAGCUGAAAUCUUCAAAGGAUUGCCUUUAAUCUAUGAUACAUUUAUUAUCUCUGUCAAUUCUAGAAAUGAUCAAUAUUUGAUUGCUGAGAUAGAGACGUUGUUAUUGUCUCAAGAACAUCAAAUGGAAAGUCAUACAAGGAUCUUGAUUCAGUUAAUUUGGCUACUAAAUGUGGUUUUAUACCAAAACCACAAUGUGCUCCACAAUUUUCUCAUAAUGCAGACAACAACAUUCCUAAUCAAGGUCAUGGAUUGUGGAAUCCUUAUGCUGUCUCCUCGAGGUCAGUAGUCUAACUCUUCUUUUCAAAGUAAUAAUUCUGGUCAAGUCUGUGGAUCUUCCCUUCCUCCUCAAGUUGCUUCUUCAAACAUGCCUAUCAGAUCAAAUCUAGUUUGUCAACUAUGUUCAAGAACUUGUCACCUUGCUGCUUUUUGUUAUCAACGAUUCAUUUUGAUUUUCCUAGAGUAGGUGCUGCAAAUGUAAACAAGAAAUCAAUCAAUGUGGCCACUGCAGACAAAGUCACAGAUGAAGCCUAGUACCCAGACUCAAGAGCAACCUCUCAUUGCACCCCUAAUUCUGCCAAUUUCUCCCUAAAACAACCAUACUUUGGUCAAGAAUCGGUGCACAUGGGUGAUGGUGAUGGCUUCCCCAUUCAAAACAUAGGUAAUACACUCUUUCACAUUUCAAACUCAAUCAAACCUUUGUUUCUUAAUUGAAUGCUACAUAUGCUUCAUUUCACAAAAAAUCUAAUUUCUGUAUGUCAAUUUGCUGCUAACAACAAUGCUUUUUUUGUGUUUUAUCCUAAGCAUUGUUUCAUCAAAUAGUAGGUUUCGAAGGAGACAUUUGUUGAAGGUCAUCUUAAACAAUGUCUCUAUUUCAUAGAUCUCACUCAACUCAAAAAGUCCAACAAUGUCUCUAUUUCAUAGAUCUCACUCAACUCAAAAAGUCCAACUUUGUUUCCUCUUUCAAUUCUAAUAAAGUGUACACUAUUGCCAAUACAAAUGUUCCAUCCACUUCUCA